AUGUGCCAUAUUUCACUGGAACAGCUCUUCUAUAAAUCGGACCUGAUGUAUCCUAUCGCAGUUUUAAAUAGUCUUGUUCAAUCCGCUACUGGCAUCUAUUUGAAUAACCAAGAUGGCGAAAGGAAUAGCUGGGUCCUGACACGGAGAUUUUUCUAUAGCGAUUGUGUAUCUUACGCUAGCGAGGUGCCUGGUAGUAUCCGCUAUGCGAAAGAUAUUCAUUUUCACGUCGAAUUGAGUGAAACACGAGAUGGGUCCAUUUUCCCGCCUUACUUGAGAGUCGUUUAUGCUGAAACAAACCACAAUCGAAGAUAUAUAUAUAUAUAUAUAUAUAUAUAUAUAUAUAUAUAUCCUUCCAACGGUUUCAUAGAAGGUUUAUUUGUUGCUGUGGCAGAUGUCUUCUGUAUAUUCAAUAGAUUUGUCCCAAUAGAAAAUUUUGUAUCAAGUUCAAAAUAUACCCACUUUCUAAAAACUUUCAGUUGGGGGCGGCGUAGCGGCAAGGCGUCUCUUCUGGACACCCACACCGCAAUCCAAUUUGUGCUCUUCGAAUUUUCCGUCCUUGGAGACGUGUUUUUAGUCGUGCUUGCCGCAAUGUCGUGUUGGAUCACGUUCGCAUACAAAUUGCAGAGAUAUCCCUUCUACAAUAUGCUCAACGAACGUCAAGAAUGGGUGAUCAUGGCCUAUAUAAUUGCUACACUGUGUUUGAAAUUCAUCGCAUUGAUCCACACAAUAAUUCAUAUGGUACUACAAGAAACUUUUUUUAUCGACUGGGAACGAUCGCAAAUCAUCGAGCUGGGUCAUCCGGCUUCGAGAGACGUGUCCAAAGAUCGAAAGGAGCUCCCAGUUGUUGUCUGGCGCACGUAUCUUGUGGCUAACGAAUGGGCUGAAUUGAGCUGCGUGAGAGCAACUUGCGUAAGCCUUCAGCUUUGUAUCGUUCUAAUGUUGCUGGAAGCUUUCGACUUCAUGCGGUUCAGCAUCGUCCAGCCGGGUUUCGGUGACGCGACGAAACUAACUCGGUUCGCGGUUGUCAUCUUCUUCUAUCUCGUUGUCGGCUUUCUGCAGUGGAUUUUAGGGAUUGCUGUUGUGGAGCGAAUGAUAACGGAUCCUUUUCGUAAUUUCAUUGAUCUUUGUUCCGUUGCCAACAUAAGUGUUAUCGCGCUAACCCAUCCUCUGCACGGUUACUAUAUCCACGGCCGUUCCGUACACGGAAGAGCAGAUACUGGAAUGGCUGAAAUGAAUGAGUUUUUGCAGAAGGAACGAGAUGAUCUCUGUGGAUUUCGCGGGCUUGAAAAUAGCUCACAUCUUCAAACGUUCUCCAUUAAUCUUCCUAUGGCAUUUCGAAGUCGUUAUGACGAAAUUAUGUCACAAAUAAGGAAUAUCAGCUUUCAAGUGCGAAUGAGCGGUUCUGAUCAUACAACAGCCAAGAUUGCGACUAUCGCUCGAAUACACGAACAAAUGAACAAAUUUCUGCGAGAGAUGGUCGAACAUUCAAUAACCGACGUUGACUAUGUAAUCAGGGAUCGUUCGUUCGUUGAGGCACUACUAGACAUUGAGCUCACCGAUACAAGUCACACGGGUGAUUUUCUCAGGGAUUCUUCAGAAGUUGGCUUCUCCAACUGCUUUCUAUACGGCCGUGAAUGGGCUCAUCUUUCUUUUGAAGCGAUGCUUUUCGUCGUCUCUUAUCUGCUUUUCGAUUCACUGACGUUAGCCGCUGCAAUUGUAUUUUGUGUGUCACGUAUCAUUAGUGAAAUCACAUCACUUUUGUUUAUAAAUCAUCUAGUGAAGGGUAGCCUUGUGGACCAUCGGUUCCUGAUAUGA